AUGCCCACUGCACAGGAAUCUGUCUGCUGCCAUGAGGUGGAAAAUGUUAAGUCCAUUUUUGAGGAAGACCAAGGCAUUACCUGUAUAACUAGCCACCCUGGAUUUGCACCAGCCUGUUUAAACAAAUAUGUCCUCCAAAUAGCGUAUUACCAAUAUAAACAGCAGUAUGGGGAAAAUAUUGAAGAUUCUUCAGAAAAAUACAGAUAUACAGCCUAUAGACAAUUAGCAAGGUGGGCGUGGGGGUAUCUUGGAAAAAAGAUCCGAGUUGUUUUACCAUCAUGUGCUGUGAACUGUAUCCGGAACACUUUUCCAACUAAUUCUGAAAAUUACACUGGAUUUAAACAACAAUAAACAUUCUCUGAUAAUUACAAGUUAAAUAAAUU